AUGGCAAAUUAGUACAAUGUUCAAAUACUACUCCAAAAGAAAUAUUCUAAUUGUCAAUCAUAUUAUUACUCAUGGACUCUCAAUAAUUUUAUAAAUUCAGCUAGAACAAAAGAAGUGAUAGAGUUUUAUUAAGCUAUGGCUUACAAUGAAAAUUUGGAAUAUUUGAGACGGUUCUAUUUUGCCAGUAUAAAUUAAACAAAAAUUGUUAGAUGAAAUAAGAGAUAAACUUCAGUUAUUUACUGAGUACUACAAAUAUCAUAAUGAGAUUCCAAGAUUAUUUAUGGAUAAAAUAAGCAAUAUUAUGAGCAAGUAUCUCAAGAUUAUACAUAAGUUAGUUAUCAUGAUAAGAAAAGAAGAGUUGAAUAUUAUAGAAUUAAACGUAUUAUUGAAGAAGAAAAUCGUAAAAAUCCAAAUAAACCUAAAAAAGCAAUUGCUGGUGAUUAACCAGAAGAACUUAAACCUACAUCUCCUAAAAUUCAAGAUUAAGUUUACAGUAAAAUACUAAAAGAUAUAGUUGAUAAUUCUACAACUAUUGAAGCAAUUAAUAAAAAAUUAGAAGGUAUUUAAAUUAACACAGGAGAAUUAAUUCUUUAACCUUCUAAUAGAGAAGAAGAAUAAUUACAAAAUUUUAUACAUUACUUAGUUGAAAAACAAAAACCAAAAAUUUAAUCACAUAUUUAAUUGCAUUCACCUAAAACAUUUAAUAGAAUUCCAUUUGGAGUCAGUCAAUAAACUAUCAAAUAGAUUAUAUAAAAAAAUUCGAAAAAUUAAUAAACAUUUCAUUUAUCUCCAAAAAUACUUAAAGAUGAACCAUUAAUAAUAUAAAAUGGUCCAUCUACACAUAGAAUUAUAAAGGAUCCUCUAUCUAAAAUACUUAGUCCUGUUCAUAUUUAUACAAUGAAUUCACCUCAUACAAUUUAAACUAAAUAAAAACUUAAGUAUAAUUAUUUUAUUUAUAUAGUAUUUAAACUCAUCGAUCCUAAUAAGCAAGUGUUUCUCUUUCCAAAUAAUUUAAAAUUACAGAAAGCAUGCCAUAAAAUAGAAAGUUUCAUUAACAUACAAGAUCAGGAUAUAGAUUAUUUAAGAAAUGA